AGAAAAUGCCGCCGAACUCAAAAUUGGCGAAGGUGAAAGAUGCGUUAUCUUGGAUAAGAGAUUCCAUAUUGAAGGACUCGUUAGCCUCACAGGGAGAGACUGUUGAUGGUCCAUCUAGUAGGACUGAAGGGUGGAAGAGCUGCUAGUUUCAAUAUGAUUCCCAGCAGCACUAGAGCUACCAAGGCUAUUGGGAAAGUUCUUCCUGCAUUGGAUGGGAAAUUGAGUGGUAUGUCCUUCCGCGUACCGGCUGUGGAUGUUUCAGUUGUUGUUCUUAUUGUUAGAACUAAGAAGAAGGCCUCUUAUGAGGAUAUUCUAGGCUACGUAGUUUUGGAGUUAGGGACUGGUAGUGGUUCUCUAACUACUUCUCUUGCUAGAGCUGUUUUACCUUCUGGCCAUGUCUAUACAUUUGAUUUUCAUGAGCAAAGAGGUGCGUUGGCUAGGGAAGAUUUCAAUGGGCUGGGGAGCUUUAUUACUGUUUCAAUUAGGAAUAUCCAAGGAGAAGGCUUCCCUGAUGAAUUUUGUAGAGUUGCACACUUGAUGUUUCUUGACCUUCCAUCAUUUUACCCUCUACAACAAAAAAAUUUAAAACAUGAUGGUGCUCUUUGCUCUUUCUCUCCAUGCAUAGAGCAAACACAAUGCUCUUGUGAAACUUUUAGCUGCAGGACAGCCUCUAGAGUCUUUCCUGUAUUAGACUUUCUUCCAGAGCUUUUUCUGUAGCAGACUCUUCUGGAGCAUUUUCUUGUAUCUGGUCUUUCAGAGUUUUUUUUGCAGCAGGUUUUCCACUGGAAUCCUUUCUGCAGCAAGCCCUCCUCCAGAGCCUUUUCCUGCAUGAUCCCUCCUCCGAAAAAUUUUCAUGCAUCAGAUCCUCCAGAAUCUUUCUUGCAGCAGAUUCUCCUGAGCUUUUUUCUACAACAGGCCUUCCUAUGGAGCUUUUUCAUGUAUCAGACCCUCCUUUGGAGCUUUUUCUGCAACAGGUCCUCCAUCUAAAUUCUCUUUGGCAGCGGGCCCUCCUCUGGAGUCUUUUUCUGCAUCAAACCCUCUAGAAUUUUUUCCUGCAUUGGGCCCUCCACGGAAUCUUUCCUGGAGCAGACCCUCCUCUGAAGUUUUUUUUCUCUGUAUCAGACCCUCCUUCGGAGCUUUUCCUGCAAUAAGUCCUUCCGGAGCUUUUCCUUUUAUUUCUUUUUACAGGUUAUACCCUACAACUUUUUUUGGAGGUUGUCUACUUUCCUGCAAACUCCCUUGUGUUAUUAUCUCUAGGAGCCUUUUGCAUAUUUAUAGACACUGCAGGAACUGCAGUCAAAGAUAACAGUAGUCAACUAAAGUUAGUUUUUUUCUGUAGGUUAUCUAUUUCACCGCAAACUUCCUUGCAACAUUACAUGUAUGAGUCUUCUGCUUAUCUACAGACUUUGCAAGAACUGUAGUCAAAGAUAACCACAGUCAACUAGAAGUCAGCUUUUUCUACAGGUUUUUUUCCCUGCAAACUCUUGUAACAUUAUCUGUAAGAGCCUUCCGGCUACCUACAGAUACUGCAAGAAUUGCAAUAAAAAACAAUCGCAGUACGGGAUGAAGACUUUAAGUUCUACUUCACAGGAUCUUCC